GGACCGGCCUGGAAAUAAGAUUCCACAGCAGAGAUUUUCAUGCUCUGAAAGAAUAGGCAUGACAGUUCCUGCAACUGUGUCAUAAAAUCCUGUUCCUGACUAUCAGAUACAUUAAGUUCAUACACAGCAGAUCAGUGCUGGGGGGGUCUAUUUAAGCAGGUUGAGGACAACUUGCUGGAUCUGCUGAAAGAACCUAAUAAGUGCUACAUCAUGUGGGUGUCAAACCUGGUAGCUCUGGUCCUCCUGGCCACUUCAGCCUCUGCUGCCACCUCUGCAUCAGCAGACAAGGUCCUCAGUAACCAUGCUACCAUCCUGGCUGACAACAGCGCCAACCUGGCUUUCAGUCUCUAUCAAAAUAUGGCAAAAGAGAAAGACGUAGAAAACAUCCUCAUUUCCCCUGUAGUAGUUGCCUCCUCUCUGGGUCUGGUGGCUCUUGGGGGAAAGGCUUCCACUGCCUCUCAGGUGAAAACCAUUCUGAAUGCAGCUAAAGUUAAAGAUGAGCAACUGCACUCUGGUCUGGCAGAGCUCCUGACUGAGGUGAGCGACCCAAAGACCCGAAAUGUCACAUGGAAGAUUAACAACCGUCUGUAUGGACCCAACACUGUCAACUUUGUGGAUGAUUUUGUCAAGAGCAGCAAAAAACACUAUAACUGUGACCACUCCAAGAUAAACUUCCAAGAUAAGAAAAGUGCUGUGAACUCAAUCAAUGAGUGGGCAGCCAAGUCUACUGAUGGCAAACUGCCUGAGGUCACUAAGGAGGUGGAGAAGACUGAUGGGGCAAUGAUCAUCAAUGCUAUGUUUUUCAAACCUCACUGGGAUGAACAGUUUCACCAUCAGAUGGUGGACAACCGUGGAUUCUUGGUAUCCCGCAGCUACACUGUUUCAGUACAGAUGAUGCAUCGUACAGGUCUCUAUGGCUUCUUUGAAGACAAAACCAAUAAGCUGACCAUCCUGAGCAUGCCCCUGGCUCAUAAGAAGUCCAGUGUGGUGUUCAUCAUGCCCUACCAUCUUGAACCUCUGGAGAGACUGGAGAAGAUGCUGACCAAGAAGCAGCUGGACACAUGGAUGGGCAAGCUGCAGCAGACAGCAGUGGCUGUGUCUCUGCCCAAAGUCAGCAUGGAAGUCAGUCACAACCUGAAGAAACACCUCGGGAAGCUGGGCCUGACAGAAGCUGUGGACAAAUCCAAAGCUGACUUCUCCAACAUCUCUGGGAAAAAGGACCUCUACCUGUCCAGUGUGUUCCAUGCCUCUGCCAUGGAAUGGGACACUGAUGGAAAUGAAAUGGAUACCAGCAUCUUUGGCACAGACAAGCUGAAAAACCCUAAACUGUUCUACGCUGAUCACCCUUUCAUCUUCCUAGUGAAGGACCAGAAGACAAACUCCAUCCUGUUUAUUGGCAGGAUGGUCAGGCCAAAGGGUGAAAAGAUGAGAGAUGAAUUGUGACCAUGUGGUGAGCUGAGUAUCCAGAGAAGUUAAACGUCUGACUGUGUGCGUGAGUGUAGAUUUUCUACAGCAACAUGCUGAGAGAAGUGCAAGAUAAAAAAUAGUUUUGAAAUCAGACAUGUGCAUUCCUACAUCCAGUGCCAGCAGCAUUCCACACAGAAAAAGCAUUGUGCACACCCUUCAUUUGUAUCUCAGAGAAUGUCUUAUCACUAUGUGGCCUUUUUGUUAUGUAUUGGCAGUUAUAGACUGAAGACUUAGAUUAAGUACGAUUUCCCAGAUUAAUGCCUAAAAUGUAAAUACACAGUUUAAUGGAGGAGGAGAAUCCCUGUGAAAACUGUCUCACAUCUUACUAAUCUUUGUGAAAGGUGAACAACAAUUCUGCUUUCGAAAAGACUUCAUGGUGCUUGUUUAACAUUUUUUUUGUCAUGGAUUGCUGCUUUUAAUUUGAAAGUCCAUUGGCCUUCACAAAUAUUUUUCCCAUUCUUUGCACUACUUUCCACCACAAGCAUAUUUUCUUUUAACCAAGCAGCUGUGUUUCUUAAACUACACAUAAUGCACUGAUCAACACCAAUGGGAGUAAGGACUAUGUCUGCAAAAGCAUGUGACCACAUGGUUUUAGGCUGUUAUAAAUUUCCUGUUUUGCAAUAAAAAUGUGAAAAAUGUGACAUCAUAAGAUGCCAACUUAUUCUGCCA